AUGGCCGCCGGGCUCGCACCGCUCGGGCUGCUGCAGCUGCUGUUGUGCGUCGUGGCCGGCACAGCCGACGCUGCGGCCAGGCCUCAGAUCGACUACGACUACGUCACCGAGAACAACCAGACGGAUGACGGCAGCAGCACUUCGUGCAUGUUCGAUGGGGCUACAUACGCCGAUGGGGAUGAGUGGCUGCCCGACCCGUGCACCACAUGCAAGUGCCUACUUGGCAACAGCGUCUGCGAUACAGAGCAGUGUCCGAGGCUCGAGUGCGGUGACCAGUAUGUACCUUCGGGACAGUGUUGUCCUGUCUGUACAGGUGGUGGUCGGGAAGUCACAGUGCCAGCCCCGGAGCAACCUGAGUCUCCUGAACCUACGCAUGGAGCGGCAUCACCUGAGCCACUACCAUAUCCGGAGUAUCCUGUGCUGACCUUUCCCGGCCCAAGGGGCCCGCCUGGUGAUCACGGAACGCCUGGACGUCCCGGAGAACGUGGCUCUCCUGGUGAACCUGGUGGGCAUGGGUUCCCUGGCAGCCCUGGGCCCCCGGGACCACCUGCAGAUCUUUCGCAGUGGUUUCACCAGCUAUCUCUGCAACAAGGACCACUCGGUGGAGAUAAAGGACCAGCUCCUGAUGCUUUCCAGUUUAUGCAAGCCUCUGUGGGACCUGUGGGACCACGUGGCAUACCAGGGCCCCAAGGACCUCCAGGCCCACAAGGAUUUCAAGGACUGCGUGGAGAACUAGGCGAAACAGGUCCACAGGGUCCACCAGGGCCUCAAGGUGAAAGAGGGCUCCCAGGAAUUCCAGGCAAAGAUGGUGACGGGGGCGAAGAUGGACGGCCCGGAGCACCUGGACCACCAGGGCCUAUGGGUCAAAGAGGACUUCCCGGCAUGCCGGGGCUUCCAGGUGCUAAAGGUCACAGGGGUUUUCCAGGCCUCGACGGUGCUAAAGGCGACCAGGGUCUUCCAGGUGAAAAAGGGUCAAAUGGAGCGCCAGGAAGACAAGGGCUACCAGGACCUAUCGGCCCAGCCGGACCACGAGGGGAGCGAGGCAGAGACGGGCCCCCGGGGCCACCGGGAAUACGAGGAAUUGAUGGUCUGCCUGGGCCACCAGGACCAACGGGUGCUGUCGGGCGCCCAGGCCCACCAGGAUUCCCGGGGUCGCCAGGAAUAAAGGGUGACGCAGGCGGCCCAGGAUCCAAGGGAAGCCAGGGGUUCCAGGGACCACGUGGCGAGCCAGGCAAGCCGGGCGUCCCUGGAGAGAACGGGGUGCCGGGUCCACCUGGCAAGGACGGAGCAACAGGGGAGAAGGGCACUCAGGGUGACACCGGACCUCCUGGACAGUCUGGUUUUCCAGGAUCCCGGGGCCCACCUGGCCUUCCAGGCAGCAAUGGAUUGCCAGGAAUGAAGGGCACAGCGGGUAUUCCCGGCUCAGCAGGCCACAAAGGUGAACAAGGUACGAAAGGAGAGAUGGGACCGAUGGGUCCAAGGGGCAUCGCCGGACCUCCCGGUCCCUCUGGAAAACGGGGCAAGACAGGCGCGAGUGGACCUCAAGGAACCCAAGGACCUCCAGGAGAAAGGGGUCCUCCAGGGCUACGCGGCCUUCCGGGAGCUGAUGGGCUAGCUGGCCCCAAGGGAUCCCAAGGAGACAGGGGUUCUCAGGGCCCACAGGGACCCAAGGGCUCCACAGGUGACGCUGGAAGGCCAGGCGUACCAGGUCUCCAGGGUGUUCGAGGCCCUCCGGGACUUCCUGGUCUAUCGGGCAAGGAUGGUCUACCUGGCGAGAGGGGCUUGCCCGGUGCUGAUGGAAAACCAGGCGAGCAGGGUAUUCAAGGAACACAAGGCUUAUCGGGUUUGCCAGGACUUCCAGGCGCCAAGGGAGAUCAGGGCGAGACCGGCGCCGAAGGCCGUCCAGGUCCACAAGGCAGUGCAGGCCCACGUGGUGACGUAGGUAAGGAAGGGCCCACGGGACCCACAGGACCCCCCGGCCGGCCAGGAGAGGCAGGAGAGCGUGGUCUGCCAGGACCCAUGGGCCCAAGAGGCUUCCAGGGUCUCCCGGGUCUCCCCGGCAGCCCUGGUCCAGAUGGGAAGGAGGGCCAGCCGGGCACAGCUGGAUCACCGGGACCACCGGGGCCUCACGGCGAGCGUGGAGAGAGAGGAUUUCCUGGAGAGAGGGGCCGAGCUGGGCUUCCAGGACCGCAGGGUGUGCGCGGUGAAGCUGGACCACCGGGUAAUGACGGCGCCAGGGGACUUCCUGGAGAAAAAGGAUCCAAGGGACACGCUGGACCACCGGGACUUGUGGGUCUACCCGGUCGACGUGGUGACACUGGCCAACCGGGUGCAAAGGGCACGCGGGGUGAGCAAGGCUCUCCGGGUACGGAGGGACCACCGGGCCGAACAGGAGACCAGGGUCCUCAGGGACCUGUGGGAUCUCCAGGACCGCACGGAGAGCCGGGAGAAAAGGGUGAGCCUGGAACCCCGGGUCCAGCUGGUGUAACCGGAGCUCCAGGUUUGCAAGGAGACCGGGGUCUGACGGGACAGCCGGGGCCACCGGGAUUUCCUGGUCCUACGGGUGCCCCUGGCGUGGCAGGUGCUAAGGGAGCGAUGGGAGCACCAGGUGCCAAGGGCCAACAGGGAGACGCCGGACCACAGGGGCCACCAGGCGAGACGGGACAACAGGGUGCACAUGGACUUCCUGGACCUAAAGGACCACGUGGAGAGACUGGCCCCAAGGGUGAUGCGGGUUUCGUAGGAGCACCUGGUCGACCUGGCGAACCUGGCAGGCCGGGUGAGCCAGGCAGCCCAGGUGGACAAGGACCAGCUGGAAUACCGGGUAUCAAGGGCGCUACCGGUGACGCUGGCAGGGUUGGGGCUCCGGGGCCAGCUGGCCCCCCCGGCCCUCUUGGUUUCCCUGGUGCCAAAGGUGAAGCUGGUGCUGAAGGUCCAACCGGCCAUCCAGGGAGCCCAGGACCACAAGGCACUCAGGGUGACCGCGGUCUGCCUGGACUGCCGGGACUGCAAGGACCCGCGGGACAAGCAGGACCGCGUGGUCCUCAAGGCGAAAAAGGCCAGGAAGGAAAAAGAGGCAGUGACGGCCAAACGGGUCCGCAGGGCCCUCCCGGACUCCAGGGCCCACCAGGAAGUACAGGAGAACAGGGUCCUCCGGGCCAACCAGGCAAGGAAGGUCCUUCAGGUCUCCAAGGACGGCCUGGCGACAAAGGACCCGUUGGGCCACCGGGACAACCAGGGCCACCGGGCAUCCAAGGUUUGCAGGGUCCGCCGGGCAGUCCAGGCCCAACGGGUGCAACUGGAGAACGUGGCGAACGUGGCGAAGCCGGUCCGCCCGGUGUUCGCGGCCCACAGGGCCAGAGAGGGCCACAGGGGGCGCCUGGCCCACAGGGUUUCAAGGGCGACCGAGGCGCUGCUGGAGAAAGGGGAUCCAAAGGUCACCGGGGGCUGGUCGGGCUACAGGGCUUGCCGGGAUCAGCGGGACCACCGGGGAUCAAGGGACCUAUCGGAAACCCUGGGCCCCCUGGAGCACCGGGUGCUCCUGGACCAAAAGGACCAGCAGGAAGGGACGGAUCUCAGGGACCCCCAGGCCCUAUGGGCGCCCCGGGUCCAAGAGGACCACAGGGAGAAGCUGGCAAGCCGGGAUCAUCCGGCAACCCGGGACCACCCGGACCUCCGGGGAGGCCUGGGGAGCCCUUCGGCUAUGACGCUGCAGCGCUGCAUGCCAUUAUGGGGCAGGGCCAGGUGAAAGGACCAGAUCCACUCGCGGGAGACGAACCAGCCAAAUUGUUCGAUGCCACUGUUCCACUUGAGGAGAAGCAACGCAUCGUGUUUGGCUACUACCGACGCCUGGUGGACGACUACGACAGGCUUCGCCACCCCACGGGCCAGAAAGACGCACCUGCCCGGACCUGCCGGGACUUGGCCGCCUUGCACCCAGAGCUACCAGACGGCGUCUACUGGAUCGAUCCGAACGAAGGGAACGCCAGGGACGCGGUUCAGGUCCAGUGCCGCAUGGCCACAGGUGCAUCCUGCGUGCUGCCUUCACCCAACCAGGUUCCCAAGAAAGCCCACUACGUGGGGCGCAGCAAACAGACUUGGUUCAGCGAAAUGGAAGGCGGAUAUCAGAUGAGCUACAAGAUAGACCGCGUCCAGCUGACUUUUCUUCAAAUGCUGAGUUCUGGGGCCGCGCAAAACUUCACAUACCAUUGUCGCAAUUCUGUGGCCUUUUGGGAUGCCAGCAAACAGUCACACCGGCGCGCCCUCCGUCUGAUGGCGCACAACGAUCUCGAACUUCGGGCGCCGGAGCCCCACGGAGACACAAACCCGGCAUUCACCUUCACGGCGUUCUUCGAUGGGUGCAAAGAUCGUUCUGACAAGUGGAGCUAUACGCUGCUGCAGUACAAGUCCGACAAGCCACAGCGCCUCCCAAUUGUAGACGUUGCUCCAAGGGACAUUGGAUUCAAGAACCAGGAGUUUGGCCUAGAAAUUGGACCAGCCUGCUUCUACUAGCGGCACGAGUAUUUCACCAUGGAUUGCCAUGCUCAAUGUCUAUUUCUCAAUGCUGCCAAAGUACGUGCAUCCCGAAGACGCAGUGGUCAUUGACAGAAGAAUGCUCGCCAUGCUUCAUGCAUGCAAUUAUUGUGCAUCACCUCAAUAUGAGCAAUACGGAAUAAAUUUAUUUUUCACCGAUGAGCC